UAAUUAAAAAAAAAAAAAAAAAAAAAUAUGAUUGAUUAAAAACAUUCUGAAAAACCUCAAGGCGAACGCCCUUAAGGUGGUCGUUUUUUAGGUUUUGACCAUCUCCAUUUAUGGGUAGGAAACGCUAAAUAAGCAGCCGGCUGGUAUACAACCCAUUUCGGCUUUUAAUACUAUGCCUAUAAAGGUUUAGAAACAGGUUCUAGGGAUGUAUGUACUCAUGUAAUUAGAAAUCAUAAGGGAGUAACUUUGGCUUUUAGUUCGCCUUAUGGUAAUUAAAAUUAAGAAUAAAUAGAAAUGAAUUAACAUUAAUCUUUACAUGGUGAUGGCGUUAGGGAUGUUGCUUUUACAGUUGAAAAUUGUAUUUCUAUAUAUAAUAAAGCAGUCACUAGAGGUGCUAAACCUGUAUUUGAACCUAAAACACUAGAAGAUUAGUAUGGUAAAGUUAUUGUUGCAUCUGUACAUACAUAUGGGGAUACUAUACAUACUUUUGUUUAAAGAAAUGAAUAUAAAGGGCAUUUUAUGCCUGGUUUUGUACCACAUUAUUUAAAAUGUACUAUUAAUGAUGUUCUAAAGCCUAUAGAUUAUAAUUUUAUUGAUCAUGUAGUAGGAAAUUAGCCUGAUAACAAAAUGGUAGAUGCAGCUUCUUGGUAUGAAAAACAUUUAGAUUUUCAUAGAUUUUGGAGUGUAGAUGAUUCUAUGAUUCAUACUGAAUAUUCAUCACUGAGAAGUAUAGUAGUUACUGAUUUUGAUUAGAUUGUUAAAAUGCCAAUUAAUGAACCUGCUAAUGGAAAAAAGAAAUCUUAAAUUUAGGAAUAUGUAGAUUAUUAUGCUGGAUCAGGUGUAUAACAUGUAGCUCUUAAUACAAAUGAUAUAAUAGAUACUGUAGAAGGAUUAAGGAGUAGAGGAGUGGAAUUUCUAUCUAUUCCAUAAACUUAUUAUGACAAUUUAAGAAAGAAUUUAAGCAAUUAAAAUUCUAUUUAAGUGAAAGAAGAUCUCGAUAAAAUUCAAAAAAAUAAUAUUUUAGUUGAUUAUGAUGAAAAAGGAUAUCUUUUAUAAAUAUUUACAAAACCUGUAGAAGAUAGACCUACAUUGUUCUAUGAAAUAAUAUAAAGAAAUAAUCAUUAAGGGUUUGGAGCAGGAAAUUUUAAAUCGCUAUUUUUAUCAAUUGAAUAAGAAUAAGAAAAACGAGGAAAUCUUACAGAAAUAUAAGAUAAUUAUAAAUUAAUAUGA